AUGUUAUUCGUCGUAACAGCACUAUUUAUCAUCCUUGCAGCGCAGUCGUUCUAUAAGAUGUAUUUCCCAAAGAAAUCUCUAUAUUUAACUUAUCAAGGCGAAAAUAAUAGUCAAACAGUCAAUUUAUCGGUCAUUUAUCAUGCCUUUAGUACAUUAUCAUUAAUUAGAGAGCAAAUUUCUUGUUUAAUUGCCCUUCUAGAAGAAAAUUUCCCAGAAGAUUUCAAAUUUCAAAUCAUUGCACUUCAUGCUCCGGUUUCAAUGUUUACAAAAAAGCAAAUGAAAACACUGUUCCCACAAGAUAAUCGAAUUGUUUUUAUUGAAUCCAAAAAUGGAGAAUUUGAACAUUUUGUUUUAGGAUGUGCGAAAUCCAGUGGAUCAAUUAUUGUCGAUUCUAGAUAUAUUGCACAAAUGAUUGAUGUUAUUAAGACGAGUGGCACUGAUUUCAUUGAGUUCCAGGAAAGAAUAGUCGAUUCUUUAGUUUACGAUCCUGAUCCAGUAAGAUUUAUCAAUCCAAUAGCUCUUUCUAAGCAAACUGCCAAUCAGUUACUUACAAACUUACCUAGUUAUCCUUACGGUUUUGGAUACACUUUAUAUAACUUAGCGAAAAAGAACAAUAUUCAAGCAACAAUUCACAAAUCGAAAUAUGAAUAUCACGUUGACUCAUUUACUGAAAUUCUUUUCACAGAACUGUACAUUUUCUUCUUAAAACGCUUUUACCCAAUGAUUGAUCCAAGACGUAGUAGCAUGUUGUUGUAA